AUGUCAGGCGGCAAGUUCUCAGUCGGCUACUUCGUCAAUUGGGGUAUCUACGGAAGGAAAUUCCCUCCUUCACUCAUCCCCGCAGAUGACCUGACGCAUAUUUUAUACGCAUUCGCCGAUCUAUCUCCUGAUUCCGGAGAAGUUAAGCUCAGCGACGCCUGGUCUGAUAAGGAUAUCCACUACCCGGGUGACUCCUGGAAUGAGGCUCAAUCCAAUCUCUAUGGCAACUUCAAGGCUAUCUACAACCUGAAGAAGCAGAAACGCCAUCUCAAAGUUCUUAUUUCGAUUGGCGGCUGGACAUACUCCCCGAAAUUCCACCCCGUGGUUAUCGACCCCGCUAAACGUGCAAAAUUCGUAGAAUCGUCGGUGCAACUUCUCGAAGACUAUGGUCUAGAUGGUCUCGAUGUUGAUUACGAAUAUCCCUCUGAUGACGCUCAGGCGAGAGGAUAUGUCGAUCUCCUGAGAGAACUGCGACAGGCAUUAGACGCACAUGCGGCAAAGAAACAUGCGAACUAUCGUUUCCUUCUGACUAUAGCUGCACCAUGUGGACCUCAGAACUACCAAAAGUUGCACGUCAAGGCGAUGGAUGAGCAGCUCGACUUCUGGAACUUGAUGGCUUAUGACUUCAGCGGUUCUUGGGACCCCGUGGCCAACCACCAAGCAAACAUUUACGGUGGUCCAGUUAGCGGUGCUGAAGCCGUCCAUUGGUAUAUCAACCAAGGUGUUGCGAGACACAAGAUCAUCCUGGGUAUCCCACUUUAUGGUCGAUCUUUCACGAAUACCCAAGGCCCCGGUACUGCGUUUAGUGGCGUCGGCCAGGGAAGUUGGGAGCAAGGAGUCUACGAUUACCGUGCCCUGCCACUUCCCGGUUCAAAUGUUUCUCACGACUCACAGUUAUUAGCAAGCUGGAGUUACAAUCCUGAUACCAAGGAAAUGAUCAGUUUUGACAGCGAAGAAGUUGCAAAAUGGAAGGGAGCUUGGAUUCAUCAGGAGGGACUGGGCGGCAGUAUGUUCUGGGAACUGAGCGGAGAUAAGGGAUCAGACCGGCCGGAGAUGGAGAAGGGUCAUGGAAAGGAUGGUCAGCCUGGUACCAGUCUUGUUAGAAUCGUAAAGGAUCACAUGGGCGGAAUUUCAAACAGCGACAACUGGUUAAGCUACGAGGGUUCCCGAUUCCCAAAUCUCCGUAACGGUAUGAACUAG